UUGCUUGCACAGUGUUCGUAGUGGAGGUAACGCGUUGCUCGCUCUUUCGGUUCAAAAUGGCGGCAGUGGAGGAGAGUGUUGUAAAUUCUCUUGUGCAUCAGCAUUUAUUAUCAACUUGCCCAUCUCUAGCCGCGGUGUAUCAAAAGAAAGCAAAGCCUAGCCCUGUUUCUCCAGGUUGGCCAUCAUUGAAAGAGAUUGUGAAAUUUUAUAACACAAAGUCCUCGAAAAAGAUUGUUUUGAAGAAUGGUGACGUAGAAGAAUCAUCAGACUCGAGCUCAGAAGAUAGUGAUGACACUCCUGCGGCCAAAGUUGCAACUGUCAAAACUAAUGUAAAUCAGAAGGCAAAGACUGAUGUUCCAGUAACACCAAAGGCCUCAGUGCAAGCAAAAAAAGAGAGCAGCAGCAGUGAAGACAGCGAUGACAGUGAUGAAGCACCUCCGCCCAAAGUUCCUGCAAAGUCUCCACAGUUGAAAACUCCUGUCACAAAGGCAAACCAGAAAAAGCAAGCUGUAGCUGAAGAAAGCAGCAGUGAUGAUUCGUCGUCUGAAGAUGAACAGCCAAAGACCAAACCUGCAGCUAAAAUGCCAGUGCAGAAUCAAAAGCAACAGAAAAAUCAACAGAAGCAGCCUGCUGUUGCAAAGGCAAUUGUGCAGAAGAAACCAGCUCAACCUGAGGAAGAUAGCAGUGAAGAAGAGUCAUCGGAGGAAGAGCAGUCAAAGACUGCUGUAGUGAAGCCAAAAGCAAAUGUUCCUCAGAAAGUAGCUGCAAAGCCGCAACCAAAAGAAGAAUCUAGUUCUGAUUCUGAUGAUAGUUCUGAAGACGAUGUUACGGUAAAACCGAAACCCCAAUUGGCAGCUCAGAAAAAGGGGAUGAAGACACCUGUACAGGCGGGUGCCAAAACUCCUCAGAAGGCAGUAUCUGCAAAGAAACCUGUCACUCCAGCUCAGGAGAGUUCCUCAGAAGAUUCAGAUGAUAGUUCAGAUGAAGCAGCCCCACAGACGAUGAAAACUAAGCUUGUAGCACAGAAGAGUACACCAGUAGUCAAGAAAUCGCAACAGGCAACAGUGAAACCUGCUGCUGCUGCUGAUGAUGAAAGUUCUGACGACUCUGAUGACAGUUCUGACGAUGAGCCUCCAGCUAAGAAAACCCCUCAGCCACUUCAAAUAGCAAAAAUACCACCUGGCAAGGCCUCACAAACACCCAAGCAAGCCAAGGCAGAGGAGAGCUCAGAUGACUCUGAUGACAGUUCAGAUGAAGAUGAACCAGCAAAGGUGCCAGCCAGACCAACAAUGCAGAAAAAUGUUACCAAACCACCACCAAAGAAGGCUGCUGCUGCUGCUGCUGCAGAGGAGUCUUCUGAUGACGACUCUGACAGUUCAGAGGAUACACCAGCAAAACCAUCACCUGCAGUGAAGCAAGCACAAGGGGGUGUCAAGCGACCUCAUCCUGAGGAAGAGGAGGAGGACGAUGAUGAUGACGAUGACGACGAUGAUGACGAAGAUAAUGAACAACCCAAGAAGAAGCCUGCAAACAACUACAACAAUUUUGUCAAAGGUGAAACCAUGAAUGGUGAAAAGGAUGAAGAUGAAGAUGAGGGCGGGCAGAAAAAAUUCUGGGAAGAUCGUCGUGGUUCAUUUGGUGGACGCGGUGGUGGUGGGAACUUUAGAGGGAACAGAGGUGGUUUCGGUUUCAGAGGUGGUCGCGGAGGUGACAGAGGAGGAAGAGGUGGUAGAGGUGGUUUUGGUGGUGACAGGGGUGGAAGAGGUGGUUGGGGUGGCAGAGGUGGAGGAAAUAGGAAUUCGUUUGGUGGAGGUGGUGGCUUCCGUAAAAGCUGGGGAGAUGGGGAUGGUGACGGUGACGGCGAGAAAGGUGGUUUCCGCAAGAGUUGGGGUGAUGGUGACAGGAGAGGUGGAUUUAGAGGUGGUCGUGGUGGUGAUAGAGGAGGGAGAGGUAGGGGAGGAUUUGGUGGUGGUAGGGGAGGACAAGGAAAUUUCCAGAAGAGAGACUCAUUUGGAGGUCAGCAGGAGAAUAAGAAAAUUAAAUUUGACAAUGCUGAUGACUGAGAGGAGCAAGAGGUUCAUGGGGUGAACGUGCAUACCAAGAUCUGAAGUUCACGAGAGGAAAAUCAUUUAGACACGAGAAAACUAAGAAAAAACGUGGUUCAUACCGUGGAGGACAGAUCUCGGUUGCUGUUAACUCUAU